AUGGGUUCUCUGGAGAAGAUCCUUUCCCUGAAGCCGUCCGUCAUCUACCCGGGCCACGGGCCCGUCAUUUCGGACCCGGAGCCGAGGAUAAGGGAGUACAUUAGACACCGCCUCUUGAGAGAGCGACAGAUUCUCGACACGUUGGCUGCCCUUAGUCCGGAGAGCCUGACGCCCAUGCAGCUCGUGGAGAAAAUCUACGUGGACACACCGGUCCACCUUCACAGAGCCGCCGGGGUCAACGUCCAGCAUCACUUGGACAAGCUGCUCAAAGAUGGUAAAGUGACGGCCAGGCAGAGUGACCCGGUCGAGUAUAAAAUUGCCUGA